AAAUUUUAUCUUAUUACAUCCGCGUGUUUUGCAUGUUAAAUGUCCCACUUAAGUCCAGACCGAUUAGGGAUGUAUAUAUAAAGAGUUGGGUUAUCCCUGGAAGAAAUCAGUUGAUGUUUAUUCACCACCGACGACGAUAAUUUUGGAAGAAACGAUGAGGAGUCUACUGACAGGAAUGUUUCUGAUAACCAGUCUGUAUUUGCUGUUCAUCCAUCAAUUACAAUCAGUACAACCAGCGCACGUUCCAUCAGCAGAUCUGCAUCGAGUUCGGGCCCGACCAAUCAACAGAUUCAACAAACCGCUCCUGAACCAGUUAGCCAGGAUCAAGGAACCAGUAGAUGCUUUUAUCGUUGACGAGGAUGAUUUAUUCGAUUUGGCCAAAAGACAGACUUCGGAGGACUACGGACAUUUGCGCUUUGGAAAAAGGGACGAACAGUUCGAUGAUUAUGGUCAUAUGAGGUUUGGAAGGGGAGGUGAUUAAUUAAUUUGAAUUAUGUUCAACAUGCGGCUGGUUUAAUAAUUUUAAAUAAAAAUGUAACAUAAAUAAAGUAUUAAAAAUA